AUGUUGCGUCAAUCCUCCCGAUCUUUCCUCCGCGCUACGCAGCUGCCUAUCUCCCGCUCUUUCUCCAUUGCUGCCGCAAGAAUGAGUGAAGGUGAUGUAGGCGCUCCGAGAUCUACUGGGAAAAUGACAACUGGCAAUUCAUGGACCAAGAAGGAAGCUGCCGAUGAAGCCAUAUACAUUAAGCAAAGGGAGAUGGAAAAGCUGCAAAUUCUAAGAGAAAAGCUGAAGCAACAGCGCAAGCAUCUCGAUGAGCUCGAUGCUCACAUUGAGCAACUCACCAAGGAACACGGUGGGGAGAAUAACUAA